GUGUUUGGUAACGUGACGGAUCCAGCCAGUGCGGGAGCAGAGGAGUCCACUGCAGGAAGCUCCCGGACAGACUACUUCGUGUGUUUCUACAACAACUGCCUCUUUUUUUUUAACCUAAUCGGUCACAGGAAAAAAAUGUCAACUUCACGCACAAUAAUAUAUUUACUAAGAAACGACCUGCGUCUUCACGACAACGAGGUUUUCCACUGGGCUCAGAGAAAUGCAGAGUGCAUAGUCCCUCUGUACUGCUUCGACCCUAGACAUUAUGGAGGGACUUACCACUACAAUCUACCUAAGACUGGGCCUUUCCGUCUGCGCUUUUUACUGGAGAGUAUCAGGGAUCUCAGAAAAACUCUCCUCAACAAGGGCAGCAACCUUGUAGUGAGACGGGGAAAGCCAGAGGACGUGGUUGCUGACCUGAUCAAGCAACUGGGCUCUGUCAGCACGGUGGCCUUCCAUGAAGAAGUAGCGUCAGAAGAGCUGAACGUGGAGAAGAAGUUGAAGGAUGUUUGUGCCCAGAUGAAGGUCAAAGUUCACACCUGCUGGGGGUCUACGCUUUACCACAGAGAUGAUCUUCCAUUUCAUCACAUGUCCAGGUUACCUGAUGUGUAUACACAGUUCAGGAAGGCGGUGGAGACCCAGAGUAGAGUGAGGCCUGUAUUUCCAACGCCUGAGCAGCUCAAACCUGUACCACCAGGUCUGGAUGAAGGAGCCAUUCCAACUGCAGAGGACCUUGAACAGACAGAGCCUCCAACUGAUCCUCGCUCAGCCUUCCCCUGUAGCGGUGGAGAGAGUGAUGCUCUGGCCAGACUGAAACACUAUUUCUGGGACACUAAUGCAGUAGCUACUUACAAGGAGACCCGUAAUGGCCUGAUCGGGGCUGACUAUUCCACUAAAUUUGCACCUUGGUUGGCGAUUGGUUGCAUUUCACCCAGAUAUAUUUACCAUCAGAUCAAGCAGUAUGAGAUGGAGCGGACAGCCAAUCAGAGCACAUACUGGGUCAUUUUUGAACUUUUGUGGAGGGAUUACUUUAAGUUUGUUGGUGUCAAGUACGGAAACAGAUUGUUUCACAUCAAAGGACUUCAAGACAAAUCUGUGCCAUGGAGGAAAGACAUGAAGCAAUUCAAUGCGUGGAAAGAGGGACGAACAGGAGUACCCUUCGUGGAUGCCAACAUGAGAGAGUUGGCGAUGACAGGGUUCAUGUCCAACAGAGGGCGUCAGAAUGUGGCUAGUUUCCUCACCAAAGACCUGGGCCUGGACUGGAGGAUGGGAGCCGAGUGGUUUGAAUACAUGCUGAUCGACUAUGACGUUUGCAGCAACUAUGGCAACUGGCUAUACAGUGCUGGAAUAGGAAACGACCCCAGAGAGAACAGGAAGUUCAACAUGAUCAAACAAGGCCUGGACUAUGACAAUAAUGGGGAGUUUGUGCGACAGUGGGUUCCAGAGCUGAGGGGUUUGAAGGGGUCCGACGUACACACACCCUGGACCCUCAGUACGGCGGCGCUGUCACACGCUCAUGUGACCCUUGGUGACACCUACCCCACUCCCAUCAUCAUCGCACCUGAAUGGAGUAGACAUAUUAACAGCAAAGCGGGUGGCUCAGGGCCCUCAUCCAGAGGAAAAAAAGGACCAUCUCAUACCUCCAAACAGCACCGAGACAGAGGCAUCGAUUUUUAUUUCUCCAGAAGUAAAAACAUGUGACGCAUUAACAGAAGAUGAAACCGCCUGUUCUACAGAAUGUGAGAGUUGUUUUCACACUGAUAUGGUGUUUCAGUUUCCAUUAGUUCUUAAGAAGACAAGUGCCACAGACGGUUCCUUUUAUGGAUGUUCCUGCCAUGCUGUGGUUUAGAUUCAAAGCCACACUAAUUUUUUUGAUGGAACGGAUCGCUUUUAAUGAUCUUUUUGCAGAUGCUGUAUGAAUAUACAUGUAAAGUUUAAAGUUAUAAAAUAAAAUUGUGGAAAUA